UAGUGAAAAUUUUGACUCCGCGACCGUGGAAGCAACACAUGAGUUGAGCUCUAGUUGGAUGUAAGAGUGACGGAGUCUAAGUGGUUGUGUUCUAGUUUGGAGCAAACUAAUGUACAGUAAACUAAUGUUAAAAACCAAAAUGAGUAAAGUAUUCAACAAAAAGACACACAUCACCUCCUCGUACUUUGUGUUUUCUUCAUUUUUAAUGUACUAAUUCUUGUUUGCCAAUAGGAAAAAGACAUUCUUUUUUCUCUGCAUCUUCUCACUCACAUAACACAAACACCACCACUUGGUUUUUGGGUUUUUCUUCUCAUGUUGUUUCUCAAACAUUAACCCCUUUACUGUGUGGAAAAGACACCAUCUUGGCCUGCCUUUUACCCACAUUCAUUUGAUUUUCUGGUGUAAUGUUCUAUGCUUGUCUUAUCCAUUUGAAGACCAUUGCUUAUCUGUGUUUCUGAAAUCAUGGUUCUGGGAUUGAAGACUAGAAGUAGGAAUAGCCCGUCGGUUCAAGUCGAUUAUCUGAUCCAUAUUAAGGAGAUUAAACCUUGGCCACCUUCGCAGUCGUUGAGUAUUCCCCGUGCUGUUCUAAUCGAAUGGCAACAUGGUGAUAAACACUCUGGAUAUACUAACCAAUUCGUGCCAUCGCUGGGAACUGGUUCUGGUGACGGAAGAAUCGAAAUCAAUGAGUCUUUUAGACUUCCGGUGACGCUGCUAAGGGAAGCUUCGUUUAAAGGUGGAGAUGGUGAUACUUUCCAAAAGAAUUGCAUUGAAUUCCACUUGUAUGAACCCCGGCGUGAUAAGACUGUGAAAGGUCAACAUUUAGGAACUGCGACCGUUGAUUUGGGAGAGUAUGGUGUUGCUAGAGAGAGUUUGAGAAUAUGUCCCCCCGUUAACUGCAAGCGAACUUACAGGAAUUCGGCGCAGCCCCUUCUUUUCCUGAAAAUUCAGCUAGGUGAGAGGAGUCGCGUGAGGCCAUCCUUGAGGGACCGCUUAAAAAGUGAAGCAUCAAUGGAUCGAAAUGGUUCACUUUCAAGAUUACUGAGUGAAGACUAUGCAGAGGAAGAUGAGUUUGCUUCAUUCACCGAUGAUGAUGUUUCCUCGCACUUAUCAUUGCCUGUUUCUUCUUCAACCAACGGCUCAAACUAUGGCUCACCGCCUCAAGGAGAGCUGGCACGUAAUUGCGCGGGAGUAAAAAGUAGCCCUGGACAAGAUGAAGACGAAGACGAAGAUGAAAGUAGAAGGCGUGCAAAUAUGGUCGAAAAUCAAGGGACAAAAUCUCCUUCAGGAUUGCAAGGGAGUUUGUCACACUCCUCAACUGAUUUGUCUUCUGAUCUGGCUUGGAUCUCAAGGAAAAUUGGUGGUAGCAGUAGCAUUCACUAUUCGACAUCUAAUGCGAAUAAUAUAUCCGAGGACACUCAAAAUGCUUGCGCGACAAUCAAAAAGGACAAACACUUACAAAAAGAAGCACAACGCGUGGAACAAAUAGCAGCCAGUGAUGAAAGCGGUAGUGAAAUAUCCAGUCGGCAGAGCUCUGAGGAAAGCUUGAUCGAUGAUCAUCCAGCUGAAAAAGCCUGUCCAAUUCCUCAUAUCACAGAUGAGAGUAGCAACUUUGUGAACACGGAUGGUAAUUUCUCCGACCGUGAAAUUGAAGAGAACACUUCAACUCCAUCUCUAAAUAAGCUGUGUGAUGAUUCAAGAGCUGCGGUUACUCAAAAUGGGUUUGUUGAAGGUGAAAACAGUAAGGAUCAUCAGGAAAAUGGUCAACAAUGUAGCCCUCGUAAUGGAAAGCAACACCAGGAGAAUGAACACGAAAAAGAUAUUUUGGAAAAUAAAGGGCAAUGCAAGAAGGAUGAGUCGGUCAGUUGCUACCCUGAAGAGGAAACUAUAGAACAUGACCUGAAGGAGACUGAUGCAGUUUCUGCUUACCGUUCCCAAAACGAGAUAUUAAAGCAUGUGAUGUCAGUCAGGUCAUCAGCGGAAUCAAAUAGGGAUGGAUCUGUCGGAAGCGAUCAGCUUCUAGUGCAAGUUGCUCCGAAAGGUGCUAGAGGUUUUUCAAGCAAUGAAAGAAAAGAUCAAAAAGUGAGUCUUAGGGAUACAACAAACAUUCUUUUGGAAAGCAAAAUCCACAAGCUGGAGCAAAGAGUAAAGAUGCUUGAAGAAGAACUGAGAGAAUCUGCUGCUAUUGAGGUUGGCCUUUACUCAGUUGUUGCGGAGCAUGGAUGUUCCACGAAUAAGGUCCAUGCUCCGGCUAGACGUCUAUCUAGAUUCUAUCUACAUGCCUGUAAAGAAAAUUCUGUAUGGCAAAGGGGAAGUGCUGCUAAAAGUGCCAUAUCUGGAAUAUAUUUGGUUGCAAAGGCAUGUGGAAAUGAUGUCGCUAGGUUAACUUUCUGGCUAUCAAAUUCAGUGGUGCUGAGAGCAACUAUAACCAAAUUCCAUGGGCAGCAACAGUUACCUCUUUCUUCUGAUACUACGCCUGAAAAAGCUGUCGUCAAGGACAAGAAGAAGAAAUUUUCUCCACUAAAGUGGGAGUCUCACUCCAGCAAUGAUGUCAGGGAUGACGUUUUUGAGAGUUUAGGCAAUUGGGAGGACCCUGUUACAUUUAUAAGAGCACUUGAGAAAAUAGAGGCUUGGAUAUUCUCCCGCAUCAUUGAAUCUAUUUGGUGGCAGACUUUUAUUCCACAUAUGCAGUCUGGUGCUGCAACAGCAAUCUGUAACGGCAAGGAAUCAGAGAUAAAUACAUUUCGCCGUAGGACAUCUAGUUCAGGUGCUGAAGAGAAUGGAAAUACUUCCUUGGAUCUUUGGAAGAAAGCCUUGAAGGAUGCCUGUGAAAGGAUUUGCCCCGUUCGAGCUGGAGGACAUGAGUGUGGUUGUUUGCAUUUGCUCUCUAAAUUGAUAAUGGAACAAUGUGUGGUGAGAUUGGAUGUAGCUAUAUUCAAUGCUAUCCUUCGAGAGUCUGCUGAUGAGAUGCCUUCGGAUCCUAUAUCAGAUCCCAUUAGUGAUGCUGAUGUGCUUCCUAUUCCGGCUGGAAAAGCUAGCUUUGGGGCAGGUGCACAACUGAGAAUCGCGAUAGGGAAUUGGUCCAGAUGGCUCACUGACCUUAUCGGCAGGGAUGAUGCCAACUCAGUAGACGAUGAAAAUAGAGCAGACAAUGAAGACGAUGGGAGUGAAUAUGAUUCCUCUUCCGAGUCCUUCCAUCUCCUUAACGCACUGAGUGAUCUCAUGCUGCUUCCAAAGGAUAUGUUGUUAAGUAGGACAAUAAGGAAAGAGGUCUGUCCCACAUUUGGUCCGAUCAUAAUAAGAAGGGUUCUUAAUGUUUUUGUCCCGGAUGAGUUUUGCCCUGAUCCAAUACAUGAAGUUGUUCUUGAAGCUCUUAACUCCGAGGAUCCUUUUGAUGCCGAGGAAGAUUCUGUCAUGAGCUACCCAUGCACGGCAGCUCCUAUAGCUUAUAAACCGCCUUCAGCUGCUUCAGUUUAUGGUCUAUUAGGGGAUGUUAGUCGCCAUUCUCAGCUGAGACGAAGUGGAUCUUCAGUGCUCAAGAAGUCAUACACAAGCGAUGAUGAACUCGACCAACUAGAUUUGAACUUUAUCAUUUCCGAGGGCAUUGCAACUUCAACUCUUGUAAAAUCCAGUAGGAUAUCAGAAGCUAGCGGAAAUGGAAAUGCUGUUAGGUAUCAACUCCUUCGGGAGGUUUGGAUAAACAGUGAAUAAUAUGAUUUUGAUCUAUCGAUGUGUAAGCAACAAGGCUUCUGAAUGAAUGAAUGAACUUAAUAAAGUCGAAAAAAUAUGUGUGCCUUCUUUA